CCUUGUCCGCCGGACGCUGCCUCAGCAUCACACCCGGCACCACAACCUCAGUCUCACCAUGCUGCUCACCCUCGGCGCUCUCCUGGUGUCCUGCUCCACACUCGCCCAGGCGGCGGCCAAGCACAACAUCCCAAGUUAUAUACAAAUAUGCAAGAGAAAUGACCCUCAUCUGGAAGACUGUAUUCUGGACUCAGUAGAGAAACUAAGGCCUAAGCUGAAGACUGGUAUUCCUGAGUUGGAUGUGCCAGGACUGGAGCCAUUGGUGCUCCCUGUGGUGGAUGUGUCCAGGGGUACCGGUGUACGGGCACGUGGUACCAAUGUCACCGUCCGUGGUGCCAGCAACUUCAAGGUCACCAACCUCAAGGCAGAUUUGAACAACACCAAAUUCUACAUAGGAAUAAAAAUCCCAUUUUUGACUUUUGACGCUCAGUACGAAGUGAAUGCACGCAUUUUAGUUGUGCCAGUUAAAGGAAAAGGUCCAAUAAAAGCUAAUGCCACUGAUGUGGAAGGCAAUGCUGUGCUCAAGGGAAGGAAGAUCAGUCGUGACGGAGACACUUACGUAGACUUCACAGAGCUCAAACUCGACCUGGACAUCAGUAACUACAAUGUUCACCUGGAUAACUUGUUCAAUGGAAAUAAAGAGCUAGGAGACGCAGUGAAUCUGGCACUCAAUGACAACAAACGAGAGUUCAUGGAAGCUCUGAGACCUGUAGUCGAGAGGAUUGUCUCCGAUGUGUUGUUAGAUAUUGCUAAGAAAGUUACCAAGAAUUUUACUUACGAUGAGCUAUUUCCUUUAAACUGAUGUUAAUGUUACUUUUAAUAAUAGUAUUCACAAGUUCAUACAAUCAUUAUGUUAAGUAUUAAACAAUUUCUAGAUGG